UCUCGUCUCUCCCGGGAAGCAACGGCCAAGCGGUUGCCCAUCACCUCGUAUCAGUCGCCCGUUCAAGAUCCGACGGUCACUAUGCCCCCCCAGAGCACCCUGCGUGGCUCCGGCCCCGGCUGCAACCCUCCUCUGCUCUGCUAGCCCCCUUCCACCGCUUCCAUGUUGGUAGCAUCAUGCCACGCCAUGGCCUACUUAAAGCAGCACAGCGUCCUUCCCGAGCUCACACUUCACAGCGUCUCAUGCUUGAGCGCACUUCGUCAGCAGUGUGCAUAUGGCUUCCAAGCAAGUGUUUUCCUGUGCCAUCUUCUGCUCCUUCCUUUUGUUCUCAGUGAGCUGCAAAGGCCUCGCUGCUGAAUUGGAGGGGACUCAGGCAGCACUACUACAGGUUGAUGCUUCGUGGAGGCUUGCUCGGAAGAUCCCUGAAACAUUAUUUGGAUUAUUCUUUGAGGAGAUCAACCAUGCUGGAGCUGGCGGAAUAUGGGCAGAGCUUGUUAACAACAGAGGUUUUGAAGCUGGAGGGCCCCACACCCCUUCAAACAUAGACCCAUGGGGCAUCAUUGGAGAUGAAUCCUCCAUAUACGUGAUGACUGAUCGUGUCUCCUGCUUCACUAGAAAUAUUGUUGCCUUAAGAAUGGAGGUUCUCUGUGACAAGUGUCCAGCUGGUGGUGUUGGCAUUUACAACCCGGGAUUCUGGGGCAUGAACAUAGAAGAAGGAAAAACCUAUAAUCUAGUCAUGUACGUCAAAUCACCAGAAUCUGUGGAGUUGACAGCUUCACUCACAUGUUCAAGACCUUCAGGUGCAUUGCAAAACCUGGCAUCAGCUUCUAUACAUGAUAUUGACUUGUCAAAUUGGACAAAGGUAGACCUGAAAUUAUUAGCUCAAGGAACAUGCAGAACUUCAAGACUUGAUCUAACAACUUCCAAAAGGGGAGUUAUGUGGUUUGAUCAAGUGUCGCUCAUGCCUUCAGAUACAUACAAGGGACACGGUUUUCGCAAGGAACUCAUGUCUAUGCUCUUGGAUUUAAAACCACGGUUCUUACGAUUUCCUGGGGGUUGCUUUGUUGAAGGCAACUUGUUAAGAAAUGCUUUCAGAUGGAAGGAAACUAUCGGUCCAUGGGAAGAGAGACCUGGACACUAUGGAGACGUAUGGAAUUACUGGACCGAUGAUGGCCUUGGAUAUUAUGAGCUUCUUCAGCUCUCAGAAGACCUGGGUGCUGCCCCAAUCUGGGUCUUCAAUGCUGGAAUUGGUCACAAUGAGGGAGUUGACACCACUAUUAUCGCACCUUUUGUCAAGGAUGUAUUGGAUAGUCUUGAGUUUGCAAGGGGGAGUGCAGAAUCAACAUGGGGCUAUCUUAGAGCUGCAAUGGGGCAUCCAGAACGUUUCCCACUAAAGUAUGUCGCAAUUGGGAAUGAAGACUGUCGGAAGGAAUUUUACCUUGGAAACUACCUCAAAUUUUACAAUGCUAUAAGAGAGGCCUAUCCAGACAUUCAAAUGAUUUCAAACUGUGAUGGACUUGACCAUCCUGCAGAUUUGUAUGAUUUCCAUAUUUAUAACAAUGCAACUGAUCUUUUCCUCAUGAAAAAUAAGUUUGACAGGACAUCACGUAUGGGGCCUAAGGUGUUUGUUAGUGAAUAUGCUGUUACUGAAGCAAAGGAUGCUGGUAGAGGAAGCCUCCUUGCUUCACUGGCAGAGGCUGCUUUUCUUACUGGAUUGGAAAAGAAUAGUGACAUUGUUCAGAUGGCAUGUUAUGCACCACUCUUCGUAAAUGACAACCAUCCUGGCUGGAAGUGGAACCCAGAUGCGAUAGUCUUCAAUUCCUGGCAGCAGUAUGGGACUCCUAGUUACUGGAUGCAGAUAUUUUUUCGUGAAUCCAACGGUGCUGUGAUUCAUCCAGUUACAGUCACAUCCAGCUACUCCGAUUCAUUGGCAGCAUCUGCUAUUACCUGGCAGGACACUGAGAACAGCUUCCUGAGGGUGAAGAUUGUAAACUUUGGAUCUCAUGCUGUGAACCUUACCAUAUGUGCAACUGGACUUCAGGCUGGUGUCAAUACAAUGGGAUCAAGAGUCACUGUUCUGACGUCCAGCAAUGUGAUGGAUGAAAAUUCGUUCAGCAACCCAAAUAAUGUUGUGCCAGUUACGAGAGAGCUACCCAAUGCAGCAGAAGUGAUGCAAGCCUUGCUCAGCCCUUACUCGUUCACUUCAUUCGACCUAGCUCUGGAUGAAUACAGACGUGUGGCAGAGAUGUGAAACAAUAGAGCAAGAUUUACGUAAGAGACAUGAUGUGUGGUAACAUAAUUGCAGAAAGCAUAGUGUGAUCUGCGUUCUGGUAUUUGCCUAUCAGGCCUUAUGUUAUCCUUCUGUUUAUGAGACUGCAAGCAUAC